AUGGCCGUGGACGAGGCCACCCUGGAGGUGGUUCGUGCAGCCAUGCGCCAGAAGACUCCAAAGGUGCCAGGGGCCUACGACAGAGUGCUCAAGGAGGAGUGUGCCUUCAGCUUUGACACGCCGCUGUCUCCUGGCGGUCUUUUCGUCAACUUGUCCACCUGGCAGUCCUUCGGAGAGGAGUACGUCCUCCUGGAUUACCAGAGGAGCAACAAUCUCCUGUACCUGCAUCAGCAAUGGCACAAGGUCCCCCUGCCAGAUGAGGAGAAGGCAAGCAUGGAGGCCAAGCCAGACAAGCUGGCCAUUGGCGGGGAUGGUGGCUUCCAGGUGGAUGCAGACAAGUUCACCAUCGAGAAGAUCAACACGUUGGUGGUGCUCCCAGAGUUCCUUCGCCUGCCCCUGCCCUGCCCAGAACUGCCAGACAUUGUCAUCCAGGCCAUCGAUGGCGUCCUGGAGAGUGCCGGGGCGAGCACAGCGGAGCAGGCUGCGCAGUGGGAGGAGGAGAGGAAAGUGAGCCGCUACGCUGAGAACUUGCCGCAGCUGGAGACGGGUCUGGGAAAGUGGGGCCGCUAUACCCCCUCGGACCCCUCCAAAUGGUCCUGCGAUGAGACCGGCGUCAGGGAGAACCUGUGGCUCAAUUUGUCCACGGGCUUCAUCGGCUCUGGGCGGCAGAACUGGGACAAUUCUGGCGGCAAUGGCGCAGCGAUGAGGCACUUUGAGGCCACAGGCUGCAAGUACCCGCUGGUGGUCAAAUUAGGCACCAUUACCCCCCACGGAGCAGAUGUGUACUCCUAUGCCAGCGAUGAGAACGACAUGGUCCAGGACCCCUACCUGGUUCAGCACCUGGAGCAUUGGGGCAUCAACAUGAUGUCCAUGCAGAAGACAGAGAAGACAAUGGCCGAGCUGCAGAUCGACCUGAACAUGUCCUUUGAGUUCGACAAGAUCACCGAGUCCGGCACCGCAUUGGAACCCCUGAGCGGACCCGGGUAUGUGGGCCUGAAAAACCUGGGCAACAGCUGCUACAUGAACAGCGUGCUGCAGGUGCUCUGGACGCUGCCAUCAGUCCAGCAGCGCUAUGCGGCCCAAGCAGAGGCCAUCUUCCAGUCGGCCCCUGCCGACCCUACCACCGAUGUUCCAACACAGGUGAAUAGCAAUGGGGGCGCGCCUGCACCGCCGGCCGUGCCUCGCGAAGACUCCAACGCCGUGCGCCCGCAGGCCUUUAAGACCCUCAUCGGCCGGGGGAACGCAGAGUUCCAGUCCAAUCGCCAACAGGACGCAGUGGAGUACUUCCAGCACCUGCUGGAGGUGCUGAGCCGCGCCGAGCGCUCGACCGGGCAGCGGCUGGGGCCGGCGGCGCCGCAGCCGACGGCAACCGCGUUCGGGUUCCAGGUGGAGGACCGCGUGCAGUGCAGCGAGAGCGGCCGGGUGUCCUACCGCCGCACGCCCCAGAACGUGCUCGCGCUCGACAUUGACCCCCAGGCCGCCAUCAACAAGCAGGAGCUGGAAGAUGUCAAAUGCGUCCAACAUGCCGCUGUGCCUGAAUCUCAGGAUGAGCCCAUUCUGCCGCGGGUGCCAUUUGCGUCCUGCAUAGAGCGCUGGGGAGGCACGGAGGAGAUGGAUGACUAUUUCAGCACCGCCCUUGGCCGCCGCACGCGCGGACUGAAGCGUACCCGUUUCGCAACGUUCCCUCCCUUCCUCAUGGUCCAACUCAAGCGGUACUAUGUGAGCAAGGACUGGACGGCCAAGAAGCUGGAGGUGCUGGUGGAUGUGCCAGACAGCCUCAACCUGGAACACCUGCGCGGCAGUGGGGCCCAGCCGGGAGAAGAGCUGCAGCCCGAGGAUGCACCGGAGCCGGCCAGCAAUGCACCCGCCGCAGCGGCUGCACCGGCUGCGCUGCAGCCGGACCCAGAGAUUGUGGCGGCGCUCACCAGCAUGGGCUUCAGCGAGAAUGGCAGCAAGCGCGCAGCAGUGGCCACACAGAAUGCCGGCACGGAGGCGUCGAUGGAGUGGGUGCUGGCGCACAUGGAGGAUGCCGACUUCAACGAUCCCCUGCCGGCGCCGGCAGCUGCGGCCGAUGCAGCAGCUGCCCCCGCCAGUGCCAAGGCUGCAGACCCCGACUCCCUGGCCAUGCUCACAGGGAUGGGCUUCACCAGCGAGCAGGCUGAGGCCGCGCUGAGGGCGUGUGACGGCAGCCUGGAGCGCGCAGCAGACUGGCUCUUCAGCCGCGGCGACACCCUGGACGCUGACGUGGCAGCUCAUAUGCCCUCACAUUUCCUGUCACUGGGCGCAGGUGAGCUCGGUGCGGGGUUGGAUGAUGGUCCUGGCAAGUACACGCUGGUAGGCUUCAUCAGCCACAUGGGUAGCAACACUGCCUGCGGCCACUACGUCUGCCACAUCAGGAAGGAGGGGCGCUGGGUGAUUUACAACGAUGAGAAGGUGGCAGUCAGCGCCAAGCCCCCCAAGGACCUGGGCUAUCUGUACCUGUUCAAGCGCGACGAUGUGACUAUGUAG